GACAGACUGUACGUUUGAACUUGGCGGGACGACGCUUGGAGGUUGGGCAGCGCAAGGCCGCAGCAAAGAUGGCAGACGAGCAGCAGAUGGUGAGCCAAGACGAAGUCGUGGACGACGCCGCCGAGCCUUCCACUCCCCGGGAACCAUCGGACAACAACAUUCGCAUCUUCCUCCGCCUCAAGCCUUCCAAGAAGGUGUCUGGGUUCUUUACGUGGGAGGAAGAGCAAGGAGCCCUCGAGUAUAACAUCCCCAAGGAUGUCGCGGCGGGCCUGAUUAAUAAUUCCCGCACCCAGUACAAGUUCAAGUUUGACUCGUUGAUUGGCAUGGAAGCCAAGCAAGAGGAAGUGUUUGAUCGCGUCGGGCGCCCUUGUGUACAAAAUGCGCUCGAAGGAUUCAACUCGACGAUCUUUGCAUAUGGGCAAACAGGAUCUGGCAAAACAUUUACCAUCACGGGCGGCGCUGAGCGGUACGAAGACCGAGGAAUCAUCCCUCGUAGCUUGAGCAUGAUCUUUGGCGAAAUGAAAAAGUACCCCGACCGCCAAACGAACGCGUACAUUUCGUACUUGGAGAUAUACAACAACCAAGGCUACGAUUUGCUCAACGAAGACCACCAAAACACCAAGGACAUUGAAGACCUUCCAAAAGUAUCCAUGCUGGAGGACGAAGAUGGCAACUGCCACCUCCGGAACCUGUCGAUGCAUCGCGUCGCGUCCGAAGAAGACGCGCUCAACUUGCUCUUUCUCGGCGACACGAACCGCGCCGUAAGCGAGACGUCGAUGAACUUGGCAUCGUCGCGGUCGCACUGCAUUUUCACCGUGUCGUUGGAAUCUCGGCGCGGCGGCGGCAGCGAAGUGAUCCUCCGGUCCAAAUUGCACAUGGUCGACUUGGCAGGCUCGGAGCGAGCCCACAAGACUGGCGCCAAGGGCAAAGUCCUUCGGGAAGCCACGUACAUCAACACGUCUCUGCACUACUUGGAGAUGGUGAUCGUGGCUUUACAUGAGAAGAACACCAAGGGCCGGUCGCACAUUCCUUACCGCAACUCGAUGAUGACAUCUGUUCUUCGCGACAGUCUCGGCGGCAACUGCAAAACUGUCAUGGUUGCUACGGCCAGUGCCGAGAAAGAGCAGACAGAUGAAUCGCUGUCCACGUGUCGAUUUGCCCAGCGCGUGGCUCGAGUCCGCAACGACGCGCACUUGAACGAGGAAGUGGACCCGGUGAUUCUCAUCCGGCAGUUGAAAGCGCAGAUUGUGGCGCUACAGGAAGAGCUCACGGUGCUCAAAGGCGACGUGAAAGAAGGCGACGACCUCAAAGAGUACGAAAAGGACAAGUUGCGCCAAAAGGUGGUAGAAUACGCCAACAAUCCCGACGCGGAUGCGCAUUUGAACAUGGGCGAGAUCUCGUACACCAAGAUGCGGCUAUGCUUUGGGUUUUUAAAAGCCAUGAUCACGGGGGAUUCGGCCACUGUUAAUACUACUAGUAGUACUACUACUAGUAGCAACCAGUCGGGACAUUCAACCAACCAAGACGGCGGGGGAAGUUUGUACAGCUCGUCCGACCCAGAGUUGCAUGGCCGGUUGAUGGAAUUGGAACAUACGAUUCAACAGCGCGACAACGAAAUCGCCAUCUUGGUCAAUAUGCUAAAGCAGGGACAAGGCGGCAACAACAACAACAUCAGCAUGUUGCCAUCUACGUCUUCCAAGUCGCUGGAUGGCGGCAGGUCCGCGCAGUCGUCUGUAGCAAAGCCACCAGUGGUGUUGGUCGCAGGAUUCAAUGUCCAAAUUGAUACAGCAUCUUUGAACGACCCAGCUAAAGCGUUUGACGUAUUUCGUGACCAGUAUCCCAAGAACGAUGCGAUUCGUGAAAACAAGGCGUUGCUCAAGAAGAAGUACGACACGGCCAAGGCGUUGGCGGCGACCGUGAACGAAGCGCGCAACUCUAUCAAGGAGCUUACGGCCAAGAUGGAAAAGCUACGCACGGACAAGGCCGUGGCCAGCGUCAUCACGACCAACCUGUCGACGACGACCGAGUCGGGUCUUGUGUCGGACGACGAGAUGGCGAUUGUGGCGGCAAUCGACGCCCACAAACGAGCGUACAAAGUCGGGUUUAACCAACUGAAUGACCUGAAGAAGGAGAUUCAGCACGUGCAAAAGAUGCUCGAGAUGGGGCGUCUGAAGCUGCAAAAGGACUUUGACGGGUGGUAUCAAGCACAAGGCCGCGGCCAUUUGGUCACGGAAACCCUCGUGAACAAGCAAGAUGUGGCGAAACCACCACCGCCGGUUAAGGCAGCGUGGCCGGAUAUCGCCCCUGGUGGAGCUAAUAGUACUAGUACUACUAGUACUACUAGUACAGCUAAGGCCACCACGCCGAGACAAAAGGAUGAGAUUCCCAAGACGGGCGACGCGGCUGUGGACAAAGAUGUGACAGGGUUCUACGAAGCGCUGGACAUCCUCAAGCGCCGCAAUAGCCGCAAACUGUGA